GAAGAAGAAAAACGAAAAGUCAUGGCAGCUGACAGUUUGUAAUGAGCCAACAAAAAAACAGUGAAGACUCUUCGAAGUUGAAUUUACAAGGUUGAAACCAGGCCAGGGAGGGAAACUCAGCCGACAACAUGUUGAUAACUUUGAAGACUUUACAGCAGCAGACGUUCAAAGUUGACAUCGAUGAAGAAGAGACGGUGACAUCAUUAAAAGAGAAGAUUGAACAGGAGAAGGGAAAAGAGCAUUUUCCAUUUGCUGGGCAGAAACUGAUAUAUGCCGGUAAAGUCCUCCAUGAUGACACGCCCCUUAAAGAAUACAAAAUUGAUGAGAAGAACUUUGUGGUCGUCAUGGUGACAAAGCCUAAAACGACCUCAGUCGCCUCUCAGACGUCAUCUGCUGCUUCAGCUCCCAGCUCUGCAGCACCUCCUGCAGCACCUCCUGCAGCACCUCCUGCUUCGUCGUCCAGCUCCGACAAACCGGCAGAGCAGCCUUCUCCUGACGACAAACCAGAGGAGAAGCAGCCUUCCACAGCUGAACCACCAGCUGAACCAUCAUCCACCCCUGUCGGAAGCUCUGAAGCUUCCACAAGCACAAACUUGAUCAAUGAAGCGGUUUCAACUCUCGUGACGGGCUCGUUGUACGACGCCAUGGUGAACGAGAUGAUGCUGAUGGGCUACGAGAGGGAGCAAGUGGUGGCUGCUCUGAGAGCGAGCUAUAACAACCCAGACAGGGCUAUGGAGUACCUGCUCUCAGGCAUCCCAAGCAGAGAUCAGGGUCCUACAACAGGCUCGGAUGCAGCUGCGCCUCCAACCAGCGAAGCUCCUGCUGCACCUGCUGUUAGUGCUCCUGCCAACACUGGCGCCUCCCCAACUGCUGCAGGAGGAGGAAUUUUGGUUUCAGAAAAUCCCUUGAGCUUCCUCAGAAAUCAGCCUCAGUUCCAAGUCAUGCGACAGCUGAUCCAGCAGAAUGCGUCCUUGCUUCCGGCCUUGCUGCAGGAGCUUGGCAGGGAGAACCCAGAGCUGCUGCAGGAGAUCAGCAAUCACCAAGAUCAUUUCAUCCAGAUGCUGAAUGAGCCCAGUCCAGAUCCAGUGCCAGGAGGUGGAGGGGUUGAGGCGAGAGGAGCAGGAAGGGUAGGAGGGGAUGCCACCAGUGGGAGUCACAUGAGCUACAUUCAGGUCACGCCACAGGAGAAAGAAGCAAUAGAGAGGCUAAAAGCCCUAGGGUUUCCAGAGGGACUUGUGAUCCAAGCCUACUUCGCUUGUGAGAAGAACGAGAACCUGGCUGCCAACUUCCUUUUACAACAGAACUUUGACGACGAAUGAAGGAGCCAUUCUGAUUGUCCCCCCCCCCCCCCUUCUUGUUUACUUUUUGGUUUCGGAUGUUCAUUCUAAAUGUAAAACAAGCCUUUUAAUUUCCAGCACAUAUUUUAUUCACCACUUCCAAAUUCACCUUUCGUGGCAACACUGGAUGAUUAUCAGGUGGUGGCUGUUGUGCACAAACAAGUUGUUUGUAAACAAGUUCAAAUGAAGAAACAAUA